AUGCUCGGCGAGCUCGAAGAAUGGAUCAUUAUUGAUAAAUCGUCGUUUUUAUCAAUGGUCGUCUUCCACGGCCUGCUGCUAGAACUGAUCAAGGCUGCCAACUACUUGAACAUCAGAGGGAUGCUCGACAUCACAUUCCAAGUGUGGGCAGACAUGAUCAAGAACAUGUCGAUUGAGGAGAUUCGCACGGAUUUGAACAUAAGUCGUGACUUUACAAAGAAGAAGGAAGAUGCGACUCGCAGGGCCAACACAAGGAGCUCCCCUCCGCAAAAGUUAGCCGCCGUUGGAGAUGGAGCUUUCGAGUCGUCCGCAUGA